AUGUGGCGGCUGUUGCAAACCGCUCGAAUCGGAGUGAAUGUCCGAUCGAGAGGAGGAUAUCUCGAGUGCAGAAUGCCUCAAACGUUACUCAUCGUGCUGCUGCUGGUGUGCCACACUGUGAUAGUGAGGGCUGUGAUAGACAAACGUAGUGCCUUAGAUCUUCGCCGGCUAGAGCUGGGGAGUGUUGAUCAUCCGUUCACGGAAGGACAUUUGAACGAGAAUUUUGAGCUGCACGAUAGGAUUUUCCCAACAUUUCACUGCCCCCGUACGAAACGAGCCCUUCGCUCAUCAUCGCUGGACGAUGCUGACAGCAGUCAGGGCGGAUCGCUGGACCGACGGCCGUCAACUAGGCGAAGACCCCAUCGCGAGCGACUUACGAUACAGUACGGAAUGCGGGGUGAAACGAUGACUCUCGAUCUGACGCUGAACGAAAACAUUAUCCCGGACGAUUACACCUUCGUGCAUCAAUCGGCCGAGGGAAAGGAUAUCGUGGAACGACUCGAUCGGGACGCAGUUGAACUGUGCCAUUAUGAAGGAACCGUACGGGAACGACCCGGUUCACGGGUUGCCAUAUCUACGUGUAAUGGAUCGAUCGGUGGUGUGAUCUACGAGCGUAACGAAACCUACCUCAUCGAGUAUCACAACGAUACACAUUUGCUUUAUCGGAGACGCUCCAAACGGGACAUCCUGGAUAACGAGCUGCAAGUGGUGGAUGCUCCAGAAGGUGCAGGAACGAAUAACAAAACGGCCUUUUCCACCGGCUAUCGGGAGGACACCGAUUCGCUGUUUGUCGAGCUGGUGCUAGUCGUCGAUCGGACGCUGUUUUUAAAGUUUAGCACGAACGUCCAACGGGUGCACCAGCAUUGUCUGUCGGUGGUGAACGUGUUGAACGAGCUGUACCGACCACUCAACAUAUACAUCCUGCUAGUGGGUGUAGUGCUUUGGAACACGCGGGACAAUAUCAUCAUCUCGACCGAUUCGAAGCAAACGCUUACCAGCUUUCUUGCGUACCGGAAGGAUCAGUUGCUUCGACAAAUCCCGAACGAUAAUGCACAUCUGCUAACGGCUGUCCGCUUUCCGGACGGUGUCAUCGGAAAGGCUGAACUUGGUUCCAUGUGCAGUAUGGCCGGAUCGGGUGGUAUUGCUGUGGUGGAGAACUUUGUCGUAACGCCGCUGGCAACAACGAUCGCGCACGAAUUGGGCCACAACUUUAACAUCGAUCACGAUACGGAAGAGUGCGGUGGAUCUCGCUGUCCCGGACCGGGACCGUGCAUUAUGGAGGCAAAGUUGCGCGAUUCUGCCGACAUACCGAACCGUUGGAGCGACUGUAGUGUGGACGAUUUGCAGGAAUCGCUCAAACGAGGAUUGGGCGCUUGUUUGAAGAAUAAACCUACACGGUUGCUGGUGCGAGCUGUGUGCGGAAAUGGUUUACUGGAGCCGGGCGAACAGUGUGAUUGUGGUCGGCGUGAUAGUUGUGAUAAUAGUUGCUGUGAUGCACGGACGUGUCAGUUGCGUGCGAAUGCCACCUGUGCUACGGGGGCUUGCUGUGAUUUGGCGACCUGUCAGCCAAAACAGGCCGGUAGCGUUUGUCGACAAGCGCGUGGCGAAUGCGAUCUUCCUGAGUAUUGCGAUGGGCAGGGUGAGCUGUGUCCAAAGGAUGUUUAUCUGCGUGAUACGAGUCCGUGCCGAAAGGGAGAAGCGUACUGUUACCGGGGCGAAUGUAAUACCCGGGACGGUCAAUGUCAACGGCUGUGGGGACCCUCGGCACGAUCAGGGCUGGAGGUGUGCUAUGAAGCUAAUGUGAAUGGGACCAUUUUUGGAAACUGUGGUAACGAUCUGUCGACAGAUAGGUACGAGCCCUGUACAACCCAUGACCUGCACUGUGGGUUGCUGCACUGUACGCAUCAAAGUGAGAAGCUUGAGUAUGGCAUAGAAGCGUAUGCAAAGCGAACGGCUACCAAAUUCCAACGCUACGGACCACGUGGAACGGUUCGGACGACGAUUUGCAAUGCGGUUAUCGUUGAUCUUGGACUGGACGUAGUCAAUCCUGGUCUUGUGCCCGAUGGUACCAAAUGUGGCGCAGGACGCAUGUGUUACCAGCAGCAAUGUGUCGCAAUCAGCCGUCUGCAGGAGGAGCAAGAUAUUGGUGACGAAUGUCCUGCGAACUGCAACGGAAACGGGGUGUGCAACAGUCAGGGCCACUGUCACUGUCAUCCUGGUUUUGCACCACCGUUUUGCGAUGGUCCUGGAGACGGAGGAUCAAUCGACAGUGGACCGGCGGGGCGAUCGGCAAACAACGUGCACGAACUGCUGCUGAAGGUAUUUGUGCCUGCUAUGGCAGUCGGUGGUUUGCUGUUAAUACCUAGUCUCAUCCUGCUAAUUGUUAAACGCACGUUGUUGAUGGCGCAACUACGUGUUGUUUUGAAACGAUUCCGUGAGCGGAAGUAUGGCCACAUUGUGGUACCGCCGGCAUCCCCGACCGCUGUUGUAGCUCCAACCACGAUGAAGACGACUGAUAGCCAAAGAAAAGCUGCUAAUGACACCCGACGCCCUACGAUCCCGCCUCCACCACCCCUCCCGGAAACAAAGCAACCGCAAUGCUUUAUCAAUGUGAACAUCAGCAAAGACGGCAAGGUGACGAUCGAGAACAAGCUGAUCGAUUCUCCAUUUCUACACAAACCGAGCGUUGUCGAUACGCACGAAGCGUUCCGUAUGCGACUACUGCAGGAACGAUCCUUCAGCGUGGAAAGUUCCACAUCCUCCGAACAUCCGCUCGUUACAGCGGAAACGCAUAAACCAAGCCUCACCAGCUUAACCGAACCGGUAGAGGGAGCUUCCCAGGGAAAAGUGUUCGGUUCGGUACUGCAGCAGCUAAAGCAAACCGAUCGUAUGCACACCUUCCAGAGCCAUCGUUCCAAGAGUGAUGAGAGACCUGCUGCGGCAAGGCAACUUCCAAAGCUUCCGCGUCAGUACACAAUCAGCGACUUUGACUCGAUCGAACGGUUGCCCGAUGUGGACGAAGAAGAGCCACAAAAACCUGCCACACCGAAACAGAUUCCACGGCCAUUGCCACGAGUAGCGCCGGGUGCUGCCACGUCACGGUUACUUCCGACCACACCAUCUAGCGGAACCGGUAGUGGUAUCGGCAGCAAGCUCAAAACAUUAGAUAAAGCACAUCUAUCUUCCGGCGCUCCAGUACCCGGAAAGUUGUCCACGGGCAACAACGUAGCAGCACUGAAGGCAAAGCUGAAUCUAGCGGAAAUUGGUGCAAGAAGAUAGCGAGCGCGUGAUUCGUGAGGCACGUUCGGCAC